AUGCCAGAGAAUGCAAAGUCUCGCAGAGACAAGACUCUAGCACAGCUGGUUCAUGAUACUUUGAAACUGGUCAAAGACUCUUAUAAGUCUUUCGGAUCUUUUGUUGUCCCUGGCCCGCAGCCAGCUCUACGAGCAACAACACCAGGAGACCACAUCACCCAUGACGGCUUAAGGAAAUUCAUUGAUACGUUUCAUCUUCCAACCAGCGGGUCUGGACGGAAGCCCGUUGUCGCAAUAGCUUUGCCCAAUGGACCAUUGUUGGCAGCCACAUGCAUCGCGGUUACUACCUAUUAUACUUCUGCGCCAAUCAACCCUGCUGCCGGCGCUGAACAAUUUCGCGCAGAUGUACAGCAAGCUGGUGCUCAGUUUAUUCUGACCACAAGUGAUGACUGUAAUAGGCUCGGCUUGAGAGACGCUUGGGUUGCUGCAGCAGGGAUUGAGGUCCUUCUGAUGAAAUGGGAGAGCAACGACCGGAUUGACGUCAAAGAUCUCGGCGGAGCUGCUCUAUUACCCCAAAAGCAUAAGCCUAUUCACAACAAACCAGAAGAUUUUGGAUUGAUCCUUUUCACCAGUGGUACAUCUGGUACCAAAAAGGUGGUUCCACUGACAAUCCAUUCUAUCAUCGCCGGUAUCAGCUUCGUGAUAGACUCAUGGGGACUGACUGCAUCAGACAUAUGCCUGAAUAUGAUGCCCUUGUAUCAUGUUGGUGGCUUGGUAAGAAAUAUCUUUGCUCCAGUUUUCUCUGGAGGCUCAACAGUGUGCUGUCCUGCAUUCGAUCCCAAUUUAUUUUGGGAUGUUGUCCAGGAUACUCCUGUUACAUGGUAUUAUGCCUCUCCGUCAAUGCAUUCUGUUGUCUUGGCUGCGGCUUCGGAACGAUUGGCUGCUCUGCAGCAGAGCCGUAUCAGAUUGGCAUGCAAUGCCGCAGGGGGUCUCCUGCCGUCACUGGCGUGUCGACUUCGGGACACGUUCAAAUGCACAGUUCUUCCCAGCUAUGGGAUGACCGAAUGUAUGCCUAUAUCAACACCGCCGCUCAAUUACAAACUGGACAGAGAGGGUACGUCAGGUAUCAGUACAGGACCAGAAAUCUCGAUUCUCGACUGGUCAGACGCAUCGGUCCAAACUGGUACCGUGGGGAGAAUAUGUGUCCGCGGUGAACCUGUCUUCCCUGGGUACCUCAAACCAGACGGAACCCUAGAUAGAUCGCCAUUUAGUUCAGAUGGCUGGUUUGAUACGGGCGAUCUUGGUUAUAUGGACAAAGACGGAUACCUUUACAUCACGGGAAGGAGCAAAGAGGUUAUCAAUCGAGGUGGUGAGCUCAUCUCGCCGUUUGAAGUCGAGAAUGCAAUUAUGCGCUCAGCCAUGUCACCAGGAUCACCACUGUAUGGACGAGUCACCCAGGCCCUUGCCUUUUCCGCGUCUCACGAUGUACUACAAGAAGUGGUGGCUGUGGUGUUGGUCAGUCCGCUGAACGUUCCUCGCACCGACCUGAAAACACUGCAUAAUUCACUGCGGUCGUCACUGCAGCAGGCGAAGUGGCCAGUACUUGUUACCUAUAUGGAUGAUCUCCCAAAGAGGAACAACAAAGUGCUGAGGAUAAAAUUGAGCCAACGAUGCGGGAUACCAGAACUGACGGACGAUAUGCCGUACUUGAGCAGGCAUUGGCAGGCCACAUGUCCCCUCCCCGACACUGACCUGUCAGUCCCCAUUGAGUCGUCGCCGUGCAGCAUUGACCAUGAAGCAUUGUCAACUUGUCUAGAAAGUGUGGUGCCUACUGGAUUCAGGCAUUAUUAUAGGCAGCACAGUAUCAGGGGCACGCUGGAAGCCUUUAUCAGUCCGGUUGAAGGUAGCUCAGGGAUGCUGGAUUACCAGGCAGACGCAUUAAAAGCCCAACUGGCCAAAUGCCUUCACGGAUACAUGGUUCCGGAACACAUACACUUUUUACCGGAUCCCCUACCCUUUGACCAUUCUAGCGCGGUCGACAAUGACGCGCUGGAUGAACUACUUGCAAAACUGGGCGGUGGUGCCUCCUCACAGGAACUUGAAGCAUCCACGCAAGGAAGGGUUAGAAAAGUCUUUGCUGAUGUCUUAUGCCAGCCACCGAGGGAUAUAGCACUUGAUGUUGACUUUUUUACCCUUGGAGGGGAUUCCCUAAAGGCAGGACGUCUCGCAUCAGCAUUGCGGUCUACAUUCAACAUUCCGAUUCCCAUCAGCCUUGUCUUCAACCAAGGAACUGUUUCUGUUAUCGCCACAUUUAUUGACAAAAUGGCAGAGUUUGCACCAGCGGAUAUUGUUCAUGAAGAAAAAGUUGGAUGCUCAACGACCCACAGUUCUACCAAUCCUGUACUUAUGUUGCUUCAGCUGAUCCCCCUUGCUGUCAUAUAUCCCCUACGCCGUGCUGUCCAGUGGACUGCCUUUAUCGUUGUCAUGAGUUACGUGCAAAGAUGGCCCACGAAUCAACAUACUAUAGGCCGGCUGUUUAACGUGGCGGUAUCAGUCAUGUUUGCAAAAUUCAUCAUCAGAAUCAUAUCACCCCUUUUUGGCAUUGUUGCUAAGUGGCUCAUUAUUGGCCGUCAUCGUGAAGGACUUUAUCCCAUGUGGGGAGUAUACCACACGCGCUGGUGGAUGGUCCAGAAGAUUGUAAGCAUUUGUGGAAAAGGGAUUUUUAACACCAAUGACAGCACAAAACGGCUGUACUACCGACUGAUGGGGGCGAAGAUUGGCAAAAAUGUCAAGAUUACUGGCACUUCUCUUGGUGAAUGGGAUCUUCUCGACAUCCGAGACAAUGUAACCCUUACACGCUGUCUAUGUCGUCCAUUCGCAGUUGAAGGCAACACAUCCAUGUAUCUGGGCCGAAUUGUUAUUGGAGAAAACGCCUCUAUUGGUGUCUCCUCGAUAAUAGCACCAGGAUCUAUAGUUCCCCCGAAUACUUGCAUAGGGCCGAAUUCUUCUAGCUGGGAGCUUGAAGAUGCUGCUGAAGAGAACCGAGAUCUCUCGCCUAGCCAAGCAGUAAAACCUCAUAUACUACUCACCUGUUUUCUUACUGUACCGCUUGUUGUCAUCUCAUGGGCCUUAUCGAUGCUACCUUGGAUGGGUGGUCUUGUCGGUAUGGUUGGAGACAUGGCCUUGACAGACGCUUCAACAGUGAGGGAUAUCCUUGAUUGGUUUUCCGAUGCAAGGCGAGUAGGAUUCCACUCUCUUGCCUUGAUACUGCGCACUUCUAUCAGCCCCUUCAUCUUCUUUGCGUUUGCCGUACUCGUGAAAUUGCUGUUGGAUGCUUUGUUGGGAAAGAUGACCUUCGGUACAGCGAGAGACCGAGGAGCGAUUACUAUUUGGCGAGCUGCGUUGAUGAAGACCCUAUUACCAGUAUCACGCCUGCACGAUGUGACAUCCAUGUUUGGACAACAUUAUGAAGCAACAUCUGUAGCCGUACGGCUGCUUGGCGGUCGAGUUGGCAAGCGAGUCUACUGGCCAGGUACGGGCCCCAGCAUUGGUGACUACCAUCUCUUGGAUAUUGGGAAUGAUGUCGUGUUUGGCUCUCGCUCCCAUCUUAUCACCUCAGAUGGUAUUGGCUCCGAGAAGAUUACUAUUCAAGAUCGUGCCAUGAUAGCGGAUCGGGUGUGUCUCCUCCCAGGUGUGACAGUCGGCGACCACACCACUAUGGGCUCUGGCGCUUUGACACGCCGGGGGAAAUCAUACCCAUCUGGAGGCACCUUUGUGGGCUCCAAGGGUCGUGAUUGUGUCCAUCUUUCUGGCGGCCAUAGCACAGGAUACGAUGAGAAGAAGCCGGUUCAGCACCGCAUGCGGCACAUGAGCAGUGAUGAUACUCUCGCUGGCGUCAACGUGGACUCGAAAAAGAGCUCCACACAAACUAGGAUUCAACGCACGGGCAGCGAAGAAACGCUAGCUGAAUCACGCACUUCAGGAGUGAAGAAAAGCAAGACACGCCAUGGUAGCCCAGAGGAAGUUUUCACAUCCUCUGAGAGCGAUACAUGUGAUAGUGGAUCGGAAACGGCGGAGGCAGACCGCAUGUCCCCAUUUGGACGUGCGUUCCAUCUUAAACUUGCGCCUUAUUAUGUCCUGGGGCCAUUUAUUAUCUUCUGCUAUUCUUCCUUCAUCACCGUCUUCACAUCAUUUUAUUGGAAUGUACCGACAGUGGCCUGUGUACAGCUGGUUGAUUAUCUCAUGAACCUGUUCAUAUCUCCUUGGGCUGGUAUCGCGGUUUUAUUCACAACCAUGGCUGUACUGGCGCUCCUCAUUGUCAUCGCUAGUAAAUGGAUCCUGCUAGGACGCCGUGCGCCUGGAAACUACGAUUGGGAUAAAUCUUCUUAUUGCCAGCGGUGGCAGCUCUUCCUGAGCAUCGAACGGCUUCGACGCCACUGCUAUCAUAGCCAAGGAGUCCUGGGGCUCCUCACGGGGACCAGCUGGAUUGUCUACUACUUUCGAGCAUUGGGGGCCAGCAUCGGCAAAGAUUGUGCCCUUUUUGCCAACGGCAGCCCAAGUUUGAUGUUUACGGAGCCCGAUUUAAUCACUUUGGGGGAUCGAGUUUCCAUUGACGAUGCCAGUGUCGUGGGUCACAUCAACACUCGAGGCAAAUUCGAUCUGAAUAGACUGAGCAUAGGAGAUAGAUGCGUGAUGCGGUCAGGGAGCAGACUACUCAGCGGCGCCACGAUGAAGAAUGACAGCUGCCUUUUAGAGCAUACGCUCAUUAUGGGUGGCGAUGUAGUAGAAGAGAAUUGGACAAUGCAGGGAUGGCCUGCCGAGAGGCAUACCGGGAAACGCACAGCUAUUGAAUAG